AUGGACAAGGAACAUCAUCCUUCAAUUUUUAUAUUCAACGUACUAAAAGCAGGAGCUCGGCAUGUGUCAGACGCUCCCCAUGAUCCAAAGCUCCUACUCGCUGCGUUUAGCGCUGCGUUGGAAUCUGCUUUAAAUAAGCCCUGGAUUGUUCAAGGCGCGAUCUAUGCGCCAGCCGGUGCAAGCAUCUUUAUUGACACGGAGGACGACCAGUGGCACGAUCACGUUGGUUGCCCUGCUGACGAGGAUUUGCGAAAAAUGUUCUCAGAGGAGAAUUCACCUUUAUCAAAUGCUUCCGAGAAGGUCAAUGAGAAUACCGAAUAUGUGCCCGACUUGACCUCUCGACGAGCCUGUGCAUCAAUAUUCAAAGUUCCCUACACACCUUAUAAAAGUUACUAUCCUCCUGAUGAUGCGCAGAAUGACCCGAAGUCACUAUUGAAGCAAUUCAUCGAUGCUAUUCACUCUGUCCUUCAUAAGAGUGAAUUGAUUAUCAGCGCAAUGUACGAGGCGGAAGCUAAAAGUGCAAACAUUUUUAUGAUGGACGGUUAA